CCGUAUUAUCAAAUCUGGCAUUCAGUGAAUCAAUCAAAGGGUUCGAUCAAAGGCGUCUGCGGUCCACCACCGUUCAGGUUCGUACCGCAGACGGGCAGGUUUCGGUUACGGACCGUAACGGCAACGUUAUAUCAAAUAUUACAAAUUCACCACAUCUUGACGACGAUAUAUCUAAGUAUGGCUUUAUCGUGAACGGCAACCCCGAUCUGCAAGUAGGCGAAGUUACUGUUCAAGGAACAACUAUUUAUUUCGGUUCGCAAGACGUUGCAGAGGAUCUGACUACGCUUCAAGAAAAAGGAAUAACCCACAUCGUUAACCUCAUUAGUGACUCUACUCCAAACACGUUUGAGAGCCAAUUUGAGUAUUUGUCGUGUAAUUUGUACGACGACGUACAGGCAGAUCUAAUGCCAAUUAUCACCGCUUGCUGUUUGUUUAUUCAGGAAAAGGUUCUCCCGUCGCAUGGUCGUCUGUUUAUUCACUGUAAUGCCGGUGUUUCUCGGGCUCCCGCUGUCCUUAUCGGCUGCCUGAUCAAAUUAUACCGAAUACCCUUCAGCGCAGCGUACGAGCUUGUUAAUAGAUCGCGAAACAUAUCUCCGAAUCUUAACUUCAAGAUGCAGCUUAGAGCCCUUAGUGCUGCUUUAGCACAAACCGAGGACCAUUAA